UAAAGCAAAUUUAUUGGGUAUAUAUAAGAGAGAUACACGACAAAGGCAAUAGAGAACCCUAAUUUUAUCAAUUGCGAAGGAGGAUGAGCGGUCUUGCGGAGGAUAUACUGACGGUCGGUCUUGGGGAGAAAUUGGUUGGGGAGGAGAUACUGCCGAGGGUUCCGAUAACAUCACUGAAGGCGGUUCGAUCUACUUGCAAAAAGUGGGACGCUCUAACGAAAAGGUGUGUUUUGGGUAAAGAAGCACCAGAGCAGCAGCAUCAGUUCCUGGGGUUCGCGACGAUAAAUGACAAGUUAUGCUCUCUGAGGUUCCAUCUCGGCGGCGAAGAAGAAAGAGAUGAUUUUGUAUCGGUAAAGCAGGUAGAUUUGUUUAAACAUUUGGAGAUAUCAAAAGUAUACCACUGCGACGGGUUGGUGCUAUGUAUCCCUAAGGAUAAGGAUAACUCCUCCAACAAGCUGCUUUUGUGGAACCCUUAUCUGUCUCAAACAAGGUGGAUCGGGCCGAGGGAAAAUUUCAGCCUAAGAGACAGGUAUGCGAUCGGAUACGAUGACUCCCACAACCACAAAAUCCUGAGGUUUGUCGAUAGUGCCAGAGGUCUUAUUGGACUGGGACGCGAGGUGGGGUUCGAAAUCUAUGACAUCAGCAGGUCUAGUUCUAAUUCUAAUUCUAGUUCUAGUUCUAGUUCAUGGAGGGUCCUCGAGGUGACACCUGAGUGGUCGAUAGAUAUGCAUCAGCGAGGCGUGACUGUCAAGGGAAACACCUACUUUUAUGCUCAUCAGAGAUUUGCGGAUAUGCGACAUGACUAUCUUGCUUGGGCUGAAGAUUUCUUACUAUGUUUUGAUUUUACCAAUGAGAGGUUUGGACCACCCCUGCCUCUUCCUUUUCACUCUACCGACUCUGGCAUUGGUGACUGUGUCACCCUCUCAAGCUUCGCUAGACAUCAUGUUCAUGAAGAUGACCAGCUUGCGGUCCUGUUUGGUGGUCUUGAAACUGACUUUUUUGAGAUUUGGGUUACCCUUACUGCUGUUGAGCCCAACCAUGUGUCCUGGAUCAAGUUUUUGCGAGUGGAUAUUUCUUUUAACCUCAACUCGCAUUUUGGUGGGAGCUUCUUUGUUAAUGAGGAAAACAAAGUUGCUGUCUUGUUUGAAUCCAAUAUUUUGCACACGGCUUAUGUGUUUGGACAAGACGGCUACUUCAAUUACGUGAAGCUCGGAAAAGCUCUCGUACUCGAACACCGUUCCCCCAUUACCAACCGCCUCUAUAAAGCUGCUCAUCCCCCACUUGUUUCCUCUUCCUCUUAUCGUCCAAGCUUAGUGCAACUCACGCAGCAGCAGCAGCAGCAUUCGCGCAAAAGGAAACGGGAAACAACGCCAACCUGCUCAGAGAUCUAAAGUGUUGAAUUGAGGAUGAUGUUACUCUGACCAAGUUUGAGAUAUGGAAACUCUUUACUUUUGUUUUAUCUUGGUUGUGAUUGAGGAUGAUGUUACUCUGGCCAAGUUUGAGAUGUGGAAACUCUUUACUUUUGUUUUAUCUUGGUUGUGAUCGCACUCUCUCUUUUAUCCUCUGUCUCAGACUGUUCGUUUUCAGACUUUCUUGUUUCUAAGACUAUUAUUCUAUGCUCUUAUGUUUUGUUUUGUUUUUUGACAUUACCCCCUAUUGUUUUUAUCGUCUAUCUUUGUGUUUAUGCUUGUCUUUUGUUUUCAUUGCCAUAUCCUAAAUCCUGCAAUGUACUGACCAAUCUUAUUUACAAAUUUAACUGGG